AUGAAUUAUUCUACAGAAAAUGUUUCCUCUGCUGCCUUGAGAAAGAGAAAAACCUUAAAGAAAUCCAUCAACUUUUCCAUCAUGAUAAUCGGCGAAAGUGGGUCAGGUAGAUCAACAUUAAUAAACACAUUAUGUGGUGGUAACUCCAUAGUCCCUACCUCCCUGACUGCUACGCAAGACCCAUUUACCAAAAAAUUGACAUUAAGACAUGAAAACGUCGAGUUGGAAGAUAACGAGGGCCACAAGAUAUCUCUUAAUAUCAUCGACACGCCUAAUUUCGCCAACCUGAUCAACUGUGACGACGACUUUAAGAUCAUUGUUGACUUUAUAAGACACCAGUUUGAUGAGGUAUUAUUGGAAGAAAGCAGAGUCAAGAGAAACCCCAGAUUCAAAGACGGCAGAAUCCAUGUUUUGAUCUAUAUGAUUAACCCCACUGGGCACGGGUUAUCGGAUAUCGACGUCAAGUUUUUGCAGCACGUCAACAAUUUAGUCAACAUUAUCCCUAUCAUAUCCAAAGCCGACUCGUUAACGCCUAAGGAGUUGAAAUUGAAUAAGGAAUUGAUCUUGGAAGACUUGAACAACUACGGAAUCAACUUUUACAAAUUCAACGAGUACGACUAUGAGCAGGACUAUAUCGAUGAAGAAAUUAUCGAAUACAACAAGUACUUGAACUCGUUGAUUCCAUUCGCCAUUAUUGGCGCUAACGAAUACAGAUCCAACCCCAACGGCAGCGAGGACGAGGACGAUGUUUUGAAAUUGAGAAUAUUAAACAAAGAGUUCAAGCCAAUCGAUAUCGACAAUGCCGAGAUUAACGACUUCACCAUUUUGAAAAACGUCUUGUUGGUGACCCACUUGAACGAAUUUAAAGAUAUCACCCACGACUCGAUCUACGAAAACUACAGAACCGAAGCCUUGCUGGGCAAGCAGUUCCAGUACGUCAACAAGGAUAGCGCCAAACAAGAAAUCAGCGAAUCAGACUACCUCAUGAAGGAAGAACAAAUCAAGUUGGAGGAAGAGAGAUUAAGAAAGUUUGAGGAACGUGUCCACCAAGACUUGAUAAACAAGAGAAAAGAAUUGUUGGAAAGAGAAAACGAAUUAAAGGAAAUCGAAAAGAGAUUGUUGGCCGAAGGCUUGAAGUUUGAUGAAAACGGUGACGUAGUUAAAGUACACGAAGAGGAGUCUUCAGAAACUGAAGUAAAAGUAAUCUAA